CUCCCGCAGCGCCUGAACGUGGUAGUUCCACCAUGUGGACUUGCGAGACUAAAGUGGGCAUCACCUGCCUGGUUGUGAUUUGCGGGAGCGCGAACACGGUGGCGUUCGCAGCUGCCAUUCUGCAGUGGGAAGGACAACCAGAAGGGCAUGACGUUAAUGACGCACGCAUGCAAGACGCGGCCCGUCUUCCUGCUGAUCUUCCUGGGCCUGUUCAACGCCGAGCUGCGUGGCCUGAUCCAGUUCAAGUACGUGAGGUCCACUGCCGUGACCUCAAUGCCCAUGACUAUGCCCCCGCCGGGCCCAGUAUUGGCACAAUGGUACAAACUUCUGGCCUCUCACAACGGUGCUGACCAGCGUCAUGACGACAGACAUGCUGGCUUGCACGGCCCGCCGUUG